GGCUGCGGCGCGGGGCAGAAAGUGCUGAACGUUCCAUCCCCCGAGCGCGCGGGGCCUCGUGAAUUUAAGCCCGGAGUUUGCAGGGAGGCGCCUCUUUUUCGCGGGGGCGUCCGCCGUUGCACCGAGGAUCCCAGCUGCUAGUACUUCCUGGUGCCAUGGCCAACACAAACGCCGGCGGAGACCAGGUCACCAGGGACCUCUGGGUCUCUCAUAACAAGAUGGUGAUGGAAGCCCUGGACACCAAUGACCCCGAGGUCUACGAUAUUAUCAAGAAAGAGAAACGGCGUCAGAGACUCGGGUUGGAACUGAUCGCAUCGGAAAACUUUGCCAGCCGAGCUGUUCUGGAGGCCUUAGGUUCCUGCCUGAACAACAAAUACUCAGAAGGAUAUCCGGGGCAAAGAUAUUAUGGUGGGACAGAAUUCGUUGACGAGUUGGAAAGACUUUGCCAGAAGAGAGCCCUGGAGGCCUAUGGGCUAGACCCACAGAAGUGGGGGGUCAACGUCCAGCCCUACUCAGGGUCCCCCGCAAACUUCGCUGUGUACACCGCCCUGGUUGAGCCCCAUGGGAGGAUUAUGGGCUUGGAUCUGCCAGAUGGGGGUCAUCUCACCCACGGCUUCAUGACUGACAAGAAGAAAAUCUCCGCCACGUCCAUCUUCUUUGAGUCGAUGCCCUACAAGGUCAACCCCGAAACGGGCUACAUUGACUAUGACCGACUGGAGGAGAACGCCCGCCUCUUUCAUCCAAAGCUGAUCAUUGCAGGGGUCAGCUGCUAUUCCCGGAAUUUGGACUACGCCCGGAUGAGGAGGAUCGCGGAUGAGAACAGCGCCUAUCUCAUGGCCGAUAUGGCCCACAUCAGUGGCUUGGUGGCCGCCGGCGUGGUGCCCUCCCCCUUCCAACACUGCGACGUGGUUUCCACCACCACCCAUAAAACCUUGCGGGGCUGCCGGGCUGGCAUGAUCUUCUACCGGAAAGGCGUCCGCAGCGUGGACCCCAAAACGGGGAAGGAGGUCCUGUACAACCUGGAAAGCCUCAUCAACCAGGCAGUCUUUCCUGGUCUCCAGGGAGGCCCUCACAAUCACGCCAUCGCAGGCAUUGCUGUGGCUUUGAAACAAGCCAUGACUCCCGAAUUCAAGACGUACCAGCAGCAGGUGGUGGCCAACUGCAAAGCUUUGUCAGCCGCGCUCACCAGCUUGGGAUACCACAUCGUCACUGGGGGUUCCGACAACCACUUGAUUCUUGUCGAUCUGCGCAACCGGGGCACGGAUGGGGGACGAGCUGAACGGGUCCUAGAGCUCUGCUCCAUCGCCUGCAACAAGAACACCUGUCCAGGAGACAAAAGCGCUUUGCGCCCCAGCGGGCUGAGAUUGGGGACCCCGGCUCUCACCUCCAGAGGACUCCUGGAAGACGACUUUAAAAAAGUAGCUCACUUCAUUCACAAAGGUAUAGAGCUCACCUUGCAGGUCCAGAGCGACAUGAGCCCCAAAGCCACCCUGAAAGAGUUCAAGGAGAAGUUGGUGACGGAGCAGAAGUAUCAAGGGCUGCUAAGGUCCCUCGAGCAGGAGGUGGAGACCUUCGCCAGUUCCUUCCCGCUUCCCGGCUUGCCUGUGUUGUAAAGGAGCCACAUCUGGAAUGGCAGCCCCCACCCACCCCAGCUGCCCUCUUGCAACAAGACCCUCCCUCCCCCCAAUACCCGUCUUUGGUUUCCCUUGGCUUGGCCUCUGCUUUUGUCAUCAGCUUUUUAACCAAAUUCUGUUCCUCCCCCUUUUCUUUUAAAAAGAAAAAUGUACUGGAGCUGGCAAGGAAAUGGAAGGAGGGUGAAAUUUAGCAUGAGGGGCCGCUGUCAUCAGCGUUGCCUUCCUUUCUUAGGGAGUGAGAUCCCAGGUCAAUGAACAGGAGUUUCACCCUUACGAAAGAAAAAUAAUCCAUUUUAAAUGGGGGAGAGGGAGGGUUCAUAGUCCAGCUAACUGAGUUGUAUUUUUAUGAGGUUUGGCAUCUGGGGCAGUGAGGCUGUUUUGUGGGACGGCUCCACGUUUAGUCUCAACGGUUCUUUGGAAAGUAAUUCUGCAAGACUCCUUGAAAAUGUGUAAAUGAAGACUCAAUCAUCCAGGCCAAAAGUACCUAAAAAGGUUAAAUCGUGGCAACUGGACCAAAGUUUAUUAAAACGGAGACUUUUUGUUACUCGUCCAAGUGACUUCUUCGGAAACUCCCUGCUGCCUGUAUGGCAAUAGUUGUGGGUCAUUUCAACAUCUCUCUGCCUACCCAAAAUUUUCGUUCUGACUGAAGAAGUCACUUGGAUGAGAAACAAAACAGUUUUAAUCCCCUUUGGUCCAGUUGCCAUGAUUUACCCUUUUUAGAUACUCCUUGAAAUGUUUUUGGACUCGUUUCAGAGCCCUUCCUGAUGGGAUUAUUCCACCUUGUGCUCUUUCGCCCUUUGACCUUGUGGGAAAAGGAAGAAAUAGCACAAUUGUAUAAAAGGUUUUCAAGCAGAAGAUGCUAUCUAGGCCUGUUGCCAGAAAAAAUAAACAAACACAUUGAUACAACAGGAGAAGCAUCUCUUCUAGAGAUCUUUUGGAGAGAAGUUGGGGGAAAAAUUGUUCUCCAAACUGUUUUGCUCUUAAGUUACAGAAUUUAUUGCCACAGUUUAUAGGGAUGACAAUAACGCUUAAGCAGGAGACGGCCUUCCUUCCAUUUACCUCGCAGCCUUACCAGGAAACCUGGUGGUUGGCCAGGGAGGGAAGCAGGAAGCUAAACGAUGCAGGGAUUUUAAUUUUCUCUCGUACGCCUGAGCUUGUCCCACGGUUUGUACUUCCAGUUCCCAAAAAGCAGAGGUGUCGUUCAAGGAAAGGGGCGCUUUUAAUGACAAGCUGAGCAACAUAUUUGACACCAAUUUCUCCCCAAUUGCAAUUUGCCUCCCCACCCACCACAGACAGUUGCCUUCACUGUACUAGAUGCACAAGCCCAAAAAGACCGUCAGGACAGUUUUUACUAAGCACAAUAAAAUUAAGAAUUUUACCACGAGUGCAUGGGUUAUAUAAGCUUUAAAAAAUACAACAAUAUAUAUAUAGAUAUAGAUAUAUAUUUGUAUUUCAAAAAAUAUUUGCGCCCAAAUAAAUAAUUUCCUUUUUUAAAUAUA